GAAAUCUCCACUUCUUCGACUUUAUCAGCAAGCAUGCCCCGGAAUGAGAAAUUGAUCUACCUUGGCAAAGUGCAGACAGAAUACCGAACAUUAACCAGCUCGAUAGAGAAUUACUUAUAAAUGCAAUGAGCUGUACGGUCGCGAAAGAUAUCUUGGUCGUCCUCUCACCCCUGUUUGUCAGAUUUUUCGUUACUCGUUUUAGCAAUCCAAAUAUUCAAUAAUGAAGUUCACCGCCACCUCAAUUGCCGCUCUCUCACUGGCCCUCACAACCACUGCCAUUCCGAAUAGAGCUCCACGAUCUGAGAAUGAAAAAGGUGCGCUUCAACACUGGCCAGUUGAAGCAGCCAAAGCCCUCAAUCAGAUGAUCUCCAAAAAUGCCAAUCAAUCAAAUUACGCCGUGUUCGACGCGGAUAAUACCAGCUGGCGCUACGACAUCGAAGAAAGCUCUAUUCCAUAUCUCGAAAACAAAGGAAUCCUCUCCCGUGAAACCAUGGAUCCCUCACUGCAACUUAUCCCCUUUAAAGAUACUGAGACUUACAAAGAGACCCUGUAUAGUUAUUAUCUGAGACUAUGCGCGAUGGACUCAUUGAUUUGCUACCCGUGGGCAGCCCAGAUCUACGCGGGGUUGACGUUGAGAGUUGUGAAGGAGCAUAUUGACACGAUGCUGGCUGAAAAUGAGAAUAUUCCAGUUAUUUAUUGGGGGGAGGGAGAUUUCCUUUACCUCAAGUAUAUCGAUCCUGCGAAGGUUUUUACCGGCCAAGUUGAGCUCUUCAAUGAGCUUCAACGAAACGGGAUUGAUGUGUGGGUUGUCAGUGCGUCAAAUGAGGAGAUUGUAAGAUUCGUCAUGUCGGAUCCAAAAUAUGGAUACAACGUCAAGCCAGAGCGUGUCCUGGGAGUUUCGACCAUGAUGAGACUGCCGGAUGGAAAUCUCACCACUUCUCGCAAACAGAUUCAGGAGGUUAGAUCUUUCUGAAGAAUAAUAAUAUAAGUUUCAAUAGUACUAAUAUCUUGAGUAGGGGACCUAUAAUCAGACUGCCAAUUUGGAUUUGCAAUUCGGGUCUUAUCUUUGGACGCCGGCUACUUGGUACGCCGGGAAAUGGGCUGCGGUUACUACUUAUAUCGAUGCGUGGAAGAAACCUGUGCUCGCGGCGGGUGAUACUCCGGGUAGUGAUACUUAUAUGCAUUUCAACGUCGAUAUUGAGAAGGGAGGUAUUCAUCUGUGGGUCAAUGGAACAGAAGAAAAGAUGGAAAAACUCCAGCGCUUGAUCGAUGAUGCUGUCAAAGGACAGAAGGCGAACAAUCUCCCAAUUACCGCUGACAAGAACUGGGUUGUGGUGAAACCUGAAGAUAUUGCUUAG